AUGUCGUCGCUCUGGAACGCCCUCACGGGCGGCAACAAGCCUGCGCACCCUCAGCAGCAGCAGCAACAGCAGCAGCAGCACCACUACCAGGAGCCCACGUCCACCUCAUACGCCACGCCGCCGUCCACGUACGACCCGACGCAGGGCCAGGGCGUCGAGUCCUUCCUCCAGAGCUCUACCUUUGCCGACCCGUCACAACUACACCCGCUCGCGGGCCUCAACAAGGACACGCUCGAGUACUUGACGCUCGAGGACUCGGCGCUGUCGGACCUCCCCGGCGGGCAGUCGGUGCUGCCGUCGCGCGGCUUCACCGACGACCUUUGCUACGGCACGGGCAUCACAUACCUCACGGCGCUGUCGAUAGGCGGCGCCUGGGGCCUGCAGGAGGGCCUGCGGCGCUCCGCCGGCCAGCCGCCCAAGCUGCGCCUCAACUCGGUGCUCAACGCCGUGACCCGGCGCGGGCCCUUCCUCGGCAACUCGGCCGGCGUCAUCGCGAUUGUGUACAACUGCCUCAACUCCCUCGUCGGCAGCCUCCGCGGCAAGCAUGACGCCGCCAACAGCGUGCUGGCGGGCGCGCUGAGCGGCAUGGUGUUUAAGAGCACGCGGGGUCUCCGCCCCAUGAUGAUUUCUGGCGGCAUCGUCGGUUCCGUGGCUGGUGUCUGGGCGGUUGCGCGACGAACUUUCUUCCCCGUGCCCGAACCUGUGGCUCCCGUCGAGAGCCUGUAA